AUGGCUCCUGGGUUUAGCAAAGUGAUUAUUGUUGGAGCUGGUCCUGCCGGACAGCUUCUUGGCCUCCUGCUUGCGAAGCAGAACAUCCAAGUCACAAUCGUCGAACAGUCUUCCAAGCUAGAUGAUAACCCUCGUGCAACGCAUUAUGCCUCACCAGCCAUGAAAGUGAUGAAUCGAGCCGGGUUAGGUGACGACCUGCGCGCAUUGGGGUUCAGCCCAAAGAGAGUCUCGUGGCGCAAGCUUGAUGGGACUUUUAUCGCUGGGAUAAACAAUGAGGCCCUGGGAGACGAUCCGGACCGAAUGGUUGCCCUUCCGCUAAAUCAGUUGGGACAUCUACUCUACGAUCACUGCAAAAAGCUGCCGAACAUCGAGUAUCUCUUUGACACCCGCGUCACUUCCAUUGACCAGGAUGACUCGAUUGCGUCCGUUAAUACGGAGCAUGUCGAAACAAUGGAACAGUCCCGGGUAGAAGCUGAUUAUAUCGUCGGGUGCGACGGUGCCAACAGCAUCAUCCGCCGCUCGCUUUUCGGCGAUUUGGAUUUUCCAGGAAAGACCUGGGGUGAGCAGCUUGUGGCCACCAAUGUGUACUACGACUUUGAAAAGUUUGGGUAUUGCGAUUCGAACUUCAUCAUUCAUCCUGAACAUUGGUAUAUGGCCGCAAAGAUCACCAAGGACGGCAUGUGGCGCGUCACGUAUGGAGAGAUUCCAGGCCUCACGCAACAGGAGCUGGUGGCCCGGCAGCCCGAGAAGUUCAAGGUCAUGCUCCCAGGACAUCCCAGCCCUGGUGAUUACAAGCUCGUCAACAUCAGCCCCUACAAAGUUCAUCAACGACUGGCCAAGAAAAUGCGCGUUGGGCGGUUCUUGCUGGCUGCAGAUGCGGCGCAUCUAUGCAAUCCCUUCGGUGGGCUCGGUCUUACUGGGGGUAUUGCUGAUGUGGGCGGUCUCUACGACUGCCUGAUGGGCAUCUACGAAAACAAAGCCGAUGACAGUAUCCUCGAAGUUUACAGCGACAUUCGUCGGAAGGUAUUCCAGGAAGUUGUUGACCCAAUUUCGAGUGCGAAUCUGUUGCGCUUGCUCUCUGCCAACCCGGACAAGAUCUUGGAGAGUGAUGAAUUCCUUCAACAGUGCAAGAAGGCGGAGACAGAUCGGCAACUGGCAAUGAACAUGAUGCAGACUGACCUUCUGAAUUACGAUUUCACCCAGCACUACCGUUCGCAGUCGAAGAGUGUGAGAGUGUAG